ACCAUCAUGUGCUACGACCGCUAUGUGUCCAUCUGCAAACCCCUGCACUACGGGACCCUCCUGGGCAGCAGAGCUUGUGCCCACAUGGCAGCAGCUGCCUGGGCCAGUGCCUUUCUCACUGCUCUCAUGCACACGGCCAAUACAUUUUCCCUGCCCCUGUGCCAGGGCAAUGUCCUGGGCCAGUUCUUCUGUGAAAUCCCUCAGAUCCUCAAGCUCUCCUGCUCCAAAUCCUACCUCAGGGAAGUUUGGCUUCUUGUGCUCGGUGGUCUUCUAUAUUUUGGUGGGUUUGUGUUCAUUGUCUUCUCCUAUGUGCAGAUCUUCAGGGCUGUGCUGAGGAUCCCCACUGGGCAGGGACGGCACAAAGCCUUUUCCACCUGCCUCCCUCAUCUGGCUGUGGUGUCCUUGUUUAUCAGCUCUGGCACAUUUGUCUACCUGAAACCGCCCUCCAUCUCUUCCCCAUCCCUGGAUCUGUCACUGUCAGUUCUGUACUCGGUGGUGCCUCCAGCCCUGAACUCCCUCAUCUACAGCCUGAGGAACCAGGAGCUCAAAGGUACCCUGAGGAAAAUAAUGACUGUAUCUUUUCAGAAUCAAUAA